AUCACCAACCGCCCAGAACAAUCCAUCGACUGACUGACUGCGGCCCCGCGAAUGGAUAUUUAUAAGCAUGGCUGCCCUCCCCAGCACCAGUCAUCAACACCUCAUCCGGACUUAACAAAUCGCUUAUCAAACAACCAGAAAAAUAGAACUAUUAUACAGUGACUUGAACCUGAAAAAAAAAAACGACGAAACAAUGGGAAAGGACUAUUACGCCAUCCUGGGUAUCCCUCGCUCGGCCGACGAAGCACAGAUCAAAGCUGCCUACAAAAAGGCUGCCCUGAAAUAUCAUCCCGAUCGGAACGUCCAGGACCCCGAGACAGCCAACAAAAAAUUCAAAGAGGUUUCUGAGGCGUUUCAGGUUCUGAGCGAUAAGAAUCAACGGGCAGUCUAUGAUCAAUUCGGAGAGGAUGGAUUGAAGGGUGGAGGUGGACCACCGCCAGGAGCGGGCGGAGGGAUGGGAGGCUUCCCGGGCGGCUCAUUCCAUUUCUCGAGUUCAGGAGGCGCAGGAGGGGGUCGACCGGAGUUUACACAGAUGGAUGCCAAUGCGAUUUUCGAAAAGAUGUUUGGCGGGGCAGGGGCGGGAGUAUUUGGAGGUGGCGGCGGCGGGGGCUCCCGACGAGGAGGCGAUCCGUUUGCGGAGACGAUGAACCUGGAUGACAUGAUGGGUGGGAUGGGUGGGAUGGGCGGAAUGCCCGGCGGAUUCGCCUCCAGCUUCCCCGGAACUACACGACAUUCUUCACACAAUAAUGGCAGACACUCCCCCGAUGAUGAAAAAACUCCAGACGACGUCAUCAAACCUCUCGAACUCUCCCUCGAAGAACUCUAUAAAGGCACCGUCAAACGGCUCCGCAUCACUAGGAAACUCAGGGACGGUCGAAGCGCUGAGAAAAUUCACGAAGUCAACGUUAAACCUGGAUGGAAGGCUGGUACCAAGAUCCGAUAUCCAGGGAUGGGAAAUGAAGACAGGAAUGGGAAAUCAGGUGCGGUCGUGUUCGAAGUAACGCAAAAGCCACAUGCGCGCUUCACCCGAGAAGGGGACGACCUGAUCUACGUGCACACGAUCCCACUAGUGGAAGCCUUGACGGGGCCGUCGGCGGGCCAGAGUGUGAACCUAAGUCUGAAGCAUCUGGAUGGCCGGACGGUCUCGUUCAAGCUCCCGUCGAUCGGGACCGCCGGCGGGAAGCCGAUCCAGCCUGGCCAGGAAAUCCUCGUCCCCGGCGAAGGCAUGCCGAUCACUCGUAAGGGCGCUAAUAAAUCGAAAGGCGACCUCAAGGUUCGGCUCAACGUCUCCUUCCCUAAUUACUUGAACGCAUCCCAAAUCGAUGGCGCUCGUCGUCUCUUUGGCUCUGGGACAUAAUCCUUCACAUCCUCUUCUCCCAGUACAAUCAUCCCCCCCUCUUUCUUGUUCGCUCUUCUUCCCUCUACACAUAUCCUCUCUUCCUUUUUUUUAGUAGACCUGUUGCCGUUGUAUGUAACCUUUUUGUUCAUACAUAUAUGAUUUAUAUAUAUGCUGAGUCUCCUCUGUUGUUCUUGUUCUUGUUCUUUCUCUCUUACCAAAAAGUGAUUUUUUUUUAAAAAUCAAAAAAGAAAAAUGAAGUGUAU